AUGACCAACCUCACGGCCGUGUCUGUCUUCGUCCUUCAGGGCUUCUCCGUCAUUCCUGAGUUACAGCUUCUAUGCGUGGGUGCUUUCUUUCUCAUUUACAUCGCCUCCGUGCUGGGGAAUGUCUCCAUCGUGAUUGCUGUGACCCUAGAUGCCCGCUUGCACACACCCAUGUACUUCUUCCUCAAACACCUCUCCCUGGUGGACAUCUGUUCUACGUCCACCACUCUGCCCCGGGCCCUGGUGGCUGCCAUAGUGGGUUCUAGGGAGAUUUCCCUCUCUGCCUGUGCAUCUCAACUCUUUGCCUUUGUCUGCCUGGGGUCCACUGAGUGUUUUCUCAUCACCUCCAUGGCUUACGACCGUUGCCUGGCCAUCUACAGGCCCCUGGUGUAUGGAGCAGCCAUGAGUCCCCAGACCUGUGUCUUGCUGGUGGUGGUGGCCUGGGGCAGCGGGCUUCUCUUCUCCACCUUCCACACAGCCAACACCUUCUCCCUGCCCUUCUGUGGUCCCAACAUGAUUGAUCACUUCUUCUGUGACAUUCCCCCACUCAUGCGCCUGGCCUGUGUCAACACAGAUGCUCACGAGGCCAUUGGAUUUGCAGCCAGCGGCUGCGUUAUCAUGAGUUGCUUCGCCCUUACCGUCCUCUCCUACAUCCGCAUCUUGGCCACCAUGGUCCAGAUCCGCUCGGCCGCUGGCCGCCAGAAGGCUUUCUCCACCUGCUCAUCACACCUGGCCACGGUGCUGCUGUUUUAUGGUACCGGCACCUCUGCUUACAUGCGGCCCACUGCCCGCUACUCCCCACUGCAAGGGCGCCUGGCUGCGGUCUUCUACUCUAUCCUCACACCCAGCCUGAACCCACUUAUCUAUAGCCUGAGGAACAAGGACAUGAAGGGGGCCCUGCAGAAACUCUACCUCCAGGUGCCAUCCCCUAGAGCCUAG